CUCGUCGGGACGUUCCUCGUCGGGCUCGGCGACUCGACCAAGGACGCCCACCCGCACGUGGGCGACGCGGCGUACGCUGCCUCGCCCGGGGAGUGGACCGCGUUCUACACCGACGUGCCGCACUGCGUCACGGCCCUCGCGCGGGGGCACCGCGCGGUGCUCGCGUUCAAAGUGCACCGCGCCGACGCCGACGCCGACGCCGACGCGGGCGCGGGCGCGGAGCCGGGCCCCGACGCGUCCAUCGCGGGGUGCGAUCCCGCGCUCGUGCGCGCGGUGCAAGACCUCGUCGAGAGGAUCCCGGCUCCCUUCGGCGUCAUGCUCCCGCGCAAGUACUGCAUGGGCACGCACAGGCUCAGCGGACCCGACGCGCUCCUGCACACGUGCCUCCGGCGGCGCGCGGGCGCGCGGGUCGAUCUGCUGCCCAUCGUGAUCGACUACUGCGCGACGUGGGUGUGGGACGAGGUCGAUGACGAGCGGCGCGCGGUGCGCGCGGGCGUGUAUCCGUUCACGGGCGUCCACGUCGACUAUCUGCUUUCGCGCGCCGGGCUCGUGUCCCGCGCGGAUCUCGAGGCGCUCGCGUGGGACCGGGUGAGGCCGUUCAGGAGGCACUCCGUGUACGGCGGCAAGGCUGUCGCUCGCGAUUCCGACGGCUACGAUCAUGCGAAGGGCGUCGACGCGCUCGGUUAG